GCUCGCGAUGGAAGCUCGCACUGCAUCACCCAUGGAGGUGGUCGUCGCUGCAAGAAUCCGAACUGUACGAAGAGUGCCGUGGGCAGCAGUGAUCGCUGCAAGGCGCACGGUGGAGGGAGGAGAUGCAGGAUGGAGAAGGUCACCAACGGGUAACCACCGUAGAAACUUGUGUUAUUUCAAGGGAGCGUGGUACUGGAU